UUGCGGUAUGUUGAUCCCAAGAUCGGAACGUAUGGAGUGACACCAAAUGGCAACGGUGGCAUGAUUCCGUCCGUGUCGCCGCCGUUCGGCAUGACGAGAUGGACGCCUCAGACUCGCGAGAACUUCAUAAGUCAAUGCCCGUACAAUGACAUGGACGGUCACAUCCAUGGCUUUCAAGCGACACAUCAGCCUGCGAUCUGGAUGGGAGAAAGCGGACAAGUUGUCCUCAGUCUGGGCGUUGGCGAAGUGAAGCCUCUAUUUGUUGAGCGGGCGCACAAAUUCCUCAAGAGAGACGAGCGAAGCACGCCGUACGUAUAUGAAGAUGUGCCAGCUCCGAGACAACAUGCUUCGUCCGCUUCCAGAGGAGCUAUUCACGUGGCUUUGACUGCCACUUCUCACACCGGUUGGCUGCUCGUGGACUUCAAAUCAUCAGAUGAACCUUAUAUGUUUGUUCAAGCCACGCGGAAGAAUUGGACCGGACAAAUCGCAAUCGACCCGGAUAGGCGAGAAAUCUCUGGUAAGAAUCCUCAGCGACAGGAUUAUGCUCUUGGUCCUUUGCCGGCGUCUGGCUUCUCCGGGUACUUUGUCUCUCGGUUUUCCGAGCCCUUCGCCAGCUAUGGCAUCACGCACGGCAAGAAUUUGAAGACCGGAGGUCGCACCGGUAAGGGAGAGGACCUUGGCGCAUAUGUCAGAUUUGCUGGGAACUGCAAGUCGGUGGAAGUCCGGACUGGAGUCUCAUUCGUGAGCGUCGAACAGGCGAGAAAGAAUCUUGACCUCGAAGCCCCGAGCUCGGUCACAUUCGAUCAGGCGGUCGAGAAUCUCAAGGAUGCUUGGUUGGAGAAGAUCGGCCGCGUAGAGAUAUCGGGAGUUAACAAGACCGAUAAGGAACACGAUCCUCGCACGAUAUGGUAUACUGGACUGUUCCACGCCUUGCAGUAUCCAUCGGACUUUUCCGAGCCGACGGGCGCAAGCAAUGGAGUCACGGGAACGUUCUAUAGUGGCUACACAGACAGCGUCCAUACCGGGAACGAUGCUUAUUACCAGUCGUGGUCUAUCUGGGACACGUUCCGAGCAGAGCACAGCCUGCUGACCAUGUUCGCCCCCGACCGAGUCAACGGAAUGAUGAAUUCGCUCGUGCAGAUCUACGAUUGGGCCGGACGUCUGCCAAUGUGGGCAAAUGUUGUCGAGACCAACAUCAUGAUUGGUACGCAUGUCGAUGCAGUCAUUGCCAACGCGCUGGCUCGUGGUUUUAGAAAUUUUGAUAUUGCGAAAGCUUGGGAAGGUGUCAAGAAGAACGCAUUUGAGCCGCCUAUCAACGACACCGAGCUCUUGUACUAUGAUCGCGAAGGACAUACUCCCGAUGAGGUACGCGCUGGUCUCACAGCGUACAUGUCGAAGGGAUACGUGUCGAACGACGGAUGGGCUGAAAGUGCAUCUCGUACACUGGACUACGCUUUCGAUGAUCACGCCGCUGCUAUUGUGGCCGAGCACGCAGGGGACAAAGAAACUGCUCAGCAACUCCACAAACGAAGCCAAAAUUAUCGCAACGUUUACAACUCUGAGUCAACCUUUAUGGAAGCCAGAAACGACAAUGGGACCUGGGCGGGUCGUGAUCAAGGCUGGACCGAAGGCGACGACUGGAUCUACACCUUCAAUGUCAUGCACGACCCUGAGGGACUGGCGGAGAUGAUGGGUGGUGCAUCGAGGUUGAAAGCCAAGCUCGACGAGUACUUCCAUGGCGGAUACAAUGACCACUCGAACGAGCCAUCUCACCAUGCGCCGUACAUGUAUGCGGCUGUCGGCUAUCCAUAUGCAACGCAGAAUCUCACUCGUGAGAUCGCAUACGCCAAUUAUAACGCAACAUCCGCCGGAUUGAGUGGCAAUGAGGAUCUUGGACAGAUGAGUGCGUGGUACGUCUUCUCCGCUUUGGGCUUCUACCCCGUCAAUCCGGCUUCGGAUGAGUAUGUUGUUGGAUCGCCAUUCUUUGAAAAAACGACCAUUCGCUUCCCUGCGGGCGCUGCUACAGGCGGAGUUGGCGGUACAGAGCACACGCUCACAAUUAGUGCCCCUGGUGCUCCGUCGAAGCCGUUCGUAAAGAGCUUGAAAGUGGAUGGAGUGGUGGUGGACAAGCCUUUGUUGCAACACUUGCAAAUUGUGACGGCGAGUCGGAUUGAUUUUGAGAUGGCUGAUACUCCUCAGUCUUGGGGA